CAAUAAAGGACCAUUUACAGCCCUUCACAUAACCAUAGCCAUAAUGAAAUUCCUGGUGGUUAUCUCUCAGCUUCUUUUCUGCUGUACAGGUUAUGGAACUGUUCAAUGGAAGAAUCGAUCAGAAGAUGGGCCAUACUUGGAACAGGCAUUACCCUCCAUAACAACAGGAGGAAAGAACCCCACUUUGGUGUGCAUAUUGAGAGGUGGAGUUGUUACCCACCAUGUCCUGUCUUGGUACCUUCAAAUAAAAGCGAAAGAAAUCCAGUUCCUUGUGAGUCACAGAGAGAAUAGCAGCCCAACAUAUGGAGCUGGAGUGACAGAGAGGUUCAUUCCUGAAGUUGAGCCAUUGUCUAAUGCCUUUACACUGACUAUUGGCAAUGUAGAGAAUUCAGAUGAAGGAACUUAUUACUGUGCCAUAUGGUUCUCCUAUAAGUACAUCUUUGGAGAAGGCACUGUUGUUAGAGUACAAGUCUUUAAGGAUACACAGAGACCACAAAUGACCAUUCUUGGACCAUCUCUGAUGGAAAUUCAGCUUCACCGCAGUGCAGCUUUCCUCUGCCAUGCUGCAAAGUUCUCACCUAAUGCUUUACGUAUAAAGUGGCAACUAAAUAAUCAGUCCUCACAAUACAGACCAUACACCUACCCAGCUCUUCAGACUUCAAUCGGUACUUUUGAUCAAACGUCAGAAAUGACAAUACCAGCUGCAUUAUGGGACCAAGGAGCUGAGGUGACAUGCAUAUUAGAACAUGAGACAGGUGUGCAGCGUUUAAGCACAAGAGCUAUUAAAAAACAAAGAGCAUGUAAACCAGAGAGAUUCUCAAAUGAUGGCAUGAAGAAUGCUACAACUGAAACAGAAGGAAAUCUAGCAAGUUUUGGGGGUAAUGCUGAGAUGCUCUUUACUGCUUUCUAUACAUACAGUUUUCUUAUUGGUGCCAGUGCUGUGUAUGGAUUGGUGAUUUCCCUCUGCAUUUUUAGAAGGAAACUUGACGGCUGUAAAAAUCAGGGAGAAAACAGUGCUGUAAAGCCCGCCUCCAGCAUGCAAAUCAUUUACCCUUAACUGAAAAAGGUCAAUGCAAGCUGUGAUUAAGAGGAAGAGGAAGACUGCUCAGCGGGCCUCAAGGGUUUAAAUCCUCAUAUUUACCUUUUUAAUCAUACACAGUUAUAUAUAUAAUUGAUAAAUUCUCAUUAUAUCA